CCCACCCACACACACAUAUACAGUGAAACACACCCUGCGGCUGCGUGUGUGAGGUACCACGUUGAAUAAAAGUGUCAGAAAAUGCUGCUGGUCCUGCUGCAGAUGUUGGUUCUUGCGUCUUGCUCUCCGCCACGAUGUGACCCACGAAUAAGAGGACUGUGCAAACCAGCAGUGGAAGAAAAACCCAAAUGCACAGAUUUGCUGUUGUCCUACUGCGAUGACAUGGCCUACACACAGACCAUGUUUCCAAACAUCGUUGGUCACAAGACCCGGGAGGAUGCUGAGGCCAGCGCUGAGUACCUCCUCAUAAGCGUGGUUGAGUCUCUGUUUGGUGGUGAGUGUAACCCUGAGAUUCGCAUGCUGGGCUGCUCUGUGCUUGCACCACGUUGUGAGAUGGGGAAGGUGCUGAAGCCUUGUCGCAGCAGUUGUGAAGCAGUGUACAAAAAAUGCAGUCACACUUUUGAGGGGAUAGAGAUGGCUUGGCCCUACUUCCUGGACUGCGAUCGCUUCUUUGUAAGUGAAGAAGAGGGAUGCUAUGACCCGCUGGAUGGCUUGAGAGCCGAGCAAGAACUAGAGGGCACUCAAGCCACGGAAGUGCCUCUUCCUGAAGAGCCAUCUACAUCGAUGCAGUUCUCCUACCACUCCAAUACUCAGAUGGUCAGUAUCUUAAAGAAGACUGAGGAACUGUGCUCUGACAUAGCCAGAACUUACAGCAUUGGCCGCAGUGCAGAGGGCAGAGAGCUGCUUGUGAUUGAGUUCUCAAACAAUCCUGGAGAACAUGAGCUGCUGGAGCCAGAAAUGAAGUACAUUGGCAACAUGCAUGGAAAUGAAGUCCUCGGCCGCCAGCUGCUUGUUUUCUUGGCUCAGUACCUGUGCUCAGAGUACCUGCAGGGAAACGAGCGCAUCCAGACCCUCAUCAACACCACCCGAAUCCACAUCCUGCCCUCCAUGAACCCCGAUGGAUACGAAGUAGCUGCGUCUGGAGGAUAUUACAAUAGCUAUGAUCACGAUGAGGAGGGCCAGAGAUAUGACUCUGGGAACAUCGGCCGAAACAAUGCCCAGAACAUCGACCUGAACAGAAACUUCCCUGGCUUAGCAUCCAUCCUUUACAACAGCCGCAGACGAAAGGGCUACCAUACAGAUCACAUCCCAAUCCCAGACAAUUACUGGUUUGGUAAGGUUGCACCAGAGACGUACGCUGUCAUGAAGUGGCUGCGCUCCCUCCCUUUUGUGCUCUCAGCUAACUUCCACGGUGGAGACCUGGUGGUGUCUUAUCCCUAUGAUCUGACAAAGCAUCCACUGGAGCACAAUAUGUUCUCUCCAACACCAGAUGAUAAGGUCUUCAAACUUCUUGCAAGAACAUAUGCAGAUGCCCACGAAACAAUGUCCAGUGAACGUGCACAGUGUGGAUCGUCUCAUACUAAGAGUCAGAAAGGGAUCAUCAAUGGAGCACAGUGGUCCAGCAUUGCAGGCAGUAUGCAAGACUUCAACUAUCUUCACACCAACUGUUUUGAGGUGACUGUAGAGCUGGGUUGUGAUAAAUUCCCCCCUGAGGAGGAACUCUUCCUCGGCUGGCAUGAUAACAAAGAAGCUCUGAUCACGUUCAUGGAGGCAGCCCAUCGAGGUAUCAAAGGGAUUGUAAAAGAUGAGGAGGGAAAUGCAAUAAAAGGUGCACGGAUAUCUGUCAGAGGAAUACGACAUGAUAUUACUUCAGCUGAAAAUGGAGACUACUGGCGCAUCCUCACCCCUGGAAUCCACAUCAUCACUGCCUCUGCUCCAGGCUAUACCAGAGCAACAAAAAAAGUCCACCUGCCUCCUCGCAUGCACAAAGCAGGCCGGGUGGAUUUUGUGCUGCAGAAAACUCCUCCUAAUACAGACAAACAGGAAGGGGACUACGCUUUCCCAUCCAUGGGCUCCUAUGAGCGAUUUGACCCGUACAACCAGUACGAACGCUACACCCGGAUGGCUGAUUUGAGCCAAGCCCCUGAGGAGAGAGCAGUAAAGCCCUGGUGGUGGAACUACUUUGUGUUGCCAGGAGGCCCAGCUCCCACCUGGCUGCUUAAACAGCAUUAAAGCUGUAAUAAGAGAGGCAAAACAUGAGCUACUUUUCAGAACAAACCAAGCUAUUAUAAAAUUAAUAUUCUGCUCUUUUAUUUGAAGUUAAACACGCUUUCACACUUACAAUGUGCUCCGUUUGGUCCCAAAUCCAAACUUGAAUGUUAAUGUAAGCACAUUUAGUUAAAAACUGUGACUCAAUAAAAGCUUGUUAAAGACAUAUAUAAUUGUAAUUUAAUAGCAAUGUUACAGCAGAAAUAAAUACUAUUAUUGAUGUAUGUUGCCAGAAUAUGAGCGCCUACUCCCUGUCCACUCUAGGUCUUGGAUCAGAACAAAAGGUUAGAGAUGAAACCAAGUGGCCACUAGGGGGCAGGCUAAUUCAACAUCUGAUUUGAUGAGUCUGGCAGAAAUAAUCCACAGGAGGUUUCAUUGAUUUGCCAGCACAAACUAGCACAAAACAUAGUAAGCAUCACUAGCCUUCAGGUCCACUAGAAUCCAAAUCCUACAAAAUAACAAAAAGAAAACAAACAAACAAACAAAAAAACCUAAAACCUAAAUAAAUAAAUAAAUAAAUAAAUAAAGCUCUUAAAAUUGUUUAUGCAAGGUCACAAAAGGGCCAUAGAUGCACAAAUGACCUUUACGAGACUGAUCAAAAAGUGAUUGGAGAAUAUAAAAGAAAUCUGCUCACUAAAUUACUUGGCCUUAAAAAAUUUAACAACUAAACAACUAAAACAAACAAAACAAACAAAGAAACAAAAGAAACCCACAAACACAUGAUCUGACACCAAACUCAAUCAAAUCAUGACAAUAGAAUAGAAAUAGUAAUGUUUCACGUCAUGGUCUGUAGACGAUUUUCAACAGAGAGCACAGAGUUAUCAAUCAUAAGUGCCUGGAGGUACAUAAAAGUAUGUUUUCAACCAUCUGGAGGAUGCUGUAAUGGUUGUCAUUUUUAUAACAAUUGUUCAGAAUUUAGUGAAAGCAUCUGUGCGAUGGUGACCUGCCAAGUUGAGCUGUAAUAUUCAGCUUAUUCAGAAAAAUCAACAUAGACACUAACAGUAUGAAGAAACCAAAAUCACGUUUGACCUUUGAGAAUUUGGAUAAAGAAAACCUUUAGGUAUCAGUCAGGAGAAAACUGUGAUCCUCAUUUUUCAAAGCUUUUGGGACAAGUACAAAAUGAAAGCUGGGAAAAGUUGUGUAAAGUUAAAAAUAGCUGGUGGAACGUGACUGAUUUUAGAUGAAAGGGACUAUGUGAGUGGGACACUGUAAAAUUGAAAAGAAUUUGGGGACUUCAUUAACUAGUAAACCUUUAUUAGUGUACAGGAAUAAAGACAAAUCUCUUUACACAGUGGCUUAAUAUGUCAUUUUAAAGCCCAACUCCUGAACUUUGCCAGACCAAUGUAGCAUCUGACUUGCAUCCUGUCUCUUUUCGAGCUCUUUCCAGUGAAGUCAGUCCGAUGUUUACUUUUGCUCUGUCACUUUCUCUCUUUCUUUUUUCACUUUCCUCUUAUAAUGUCCUCUUGGAUUUCUUUGCUAAAUCAGCCAUAGUACGUGAUCAUAACAAGAGAGGAAAUAAGCGUAUGCUAAAUAUCUUGCUGCUUCUCCUGCUGUUGACAGGAUGCUGUACAGAUUCUUGUCCACUAAUCACAUUAGGCUUGAAAACCAAAGUAAAAAACAGAAACCCCAACACUUGAUAAACCUGGUAUUGCUCUGUUGUUUAGUUGUGGUGAACAAGAGACCUGAAGGGGAAGGAUGACCGUUUUCAGCCCUGGCCAAUGAACAGGGCAGAUUUUCUUCUUCCUUCUUCUUUUUUCUCUUCUGCUCAGCAGUCAUUAUGGGGAAAAGCGAGAAGUUGCUGUAAAUGCAUGACGUUGUCCAGGCAGUUUAGUUGAAUUAACUAAGCUUUAAAAUAAGCUUUAUUUGUAUAGCACCACUGCACAACAAUGUUAUCGCAGGGCACUUCACAGACAAAUCAAAGCCAACCAAAGCAAAGUGCUUUUUUUUUUUUUUUUUAGAAUUCCCUAUCCAAUCAAACCAAGUUCUCCAAACUAUCCUGUUGUGAAUGCACCCUCAGUGUGCUAUUAAAAAUACAUCAGAAAGACAGAGUUUUAAGGUCAGACACUUAUUGGUUUAAAAAUGACAGCAACUGGUGUUCUCAAUUUUAAAGUUAUAAAGAAUUGUUAAAGGUAGGCGUAAUGCAACAAGCAUCUUUCUUGACUUCUUAAAAGGUGUUGCUAGCUAUUUAAAUUUAAAAGGAGAAAAAAAAAAACAUCUAAAAAACAACAUUUAUCUAUUUCAAUAUUUGAUUUUCAAG